CAGGGAUUUACAACCAUCUUCCCUAAUGGGGAUAUCUGCUUCAUGAGAGCAGGUUAAAGCAUCCAUCCAAAAUGACCAAGAGAACCAAGAUGGCCGGUAUUGUUAGUAAGUAUGGCACUCGAGAUGGUGCUAGUUUGAAGAAACAGAUUAAGAAAAUAGAAGUUAGUCAACAUAGUAAAUACUUCUGCGAGUUCUUUAGGAAGUUUGGAGUGAAGAGGAAGGCUGUAGGAAUAUGUGGUUGCAAGGAUUAUGGAAAAGUGAAAGCAGGAUGUGCAUCUACAAUGAACAGUGCAAGUGUCGUAGAGCUUCGCUCGACUCUCGCACAACUAAAAGAGGAAAUCCAGGGUAAUACAGAUGCAAGUUUAAGGGAUCUUCAUGACUCAAUUGCUCGGGUCAGGACUGCUGUGAGAUGGGUGAAAUCUUCUCAUUCGAGGUCUGUGGGCCAAACAUCCAAUAAGGAUCUUUGUACUGAUAUGCCUACAUGA